AUGGCUAACUUAACACAGACAAAUUCAUCUCUCAGCAACCUAACAUACAUUGAAAGAGGGAGCGCUUACAAAACAGUUGAAGCAAUCUUCAUUGUGAUUGUAACAUUAUCUUUGAGUCUGGUGACCAUUAUCGGAAACAUUCUGGUUAUGCUUUCUAUCAAAGUAAACAGACAGUUACAAACAAUUAACAACUAUUUUAUUUUCAGCUUAGCCUGUGCUGAUUUGAUUAUUGGUGUGUUCUCCAUGAACCUUUACACCAUUUACAUCGUCUUUGGCUACUGGCCCAUGGGCCCAGUGGUGUGUGAUUUAUGGCUGGCUCUAGAUUAUGUUGUUAGUUCUGCAUCUGUCAUGAACCUUCUUAUCAUCAGCUUUGACCGAUAUUUCUGUGUGACAAAGCCUCUCAGCUACCCUGUGAAGAGAACCACCAAGAUGGCACGGAUGAUGAUUGCAGCUGCUUGGGUGCUGUCAUUUAUCCUGUGGGCUCCUGCCAUUCUCUUCUGGCAGUUCAUUGUAGGUGGACGGACAGUUAAAGUAGGUGAGUGUCAUAUACAGUUCUUCUCAAAUCCAGUUGUCACUUUUGGUACUGGAAUAUCAGCCUUCUAUCUACCAGUUAUUACCAUGACGAUUCUGUAUGUGCACAUAUCCCGUGCUAGCAAGAGUCGGGUCAAGAAGGAUAAGAAAGAGCCAGAGUCAAACAAAGGUACCAUUUCUCUCAGGCUAGUGCGAGGCAAAAGAAUGAAAUCGAAUAAUAACAACAUUUCAAGUGUACCUGAUGAGAUGCAGAAUGUCAAAACACAGAACGGCAAGGCAGCUGGUGAAGUAAUGACGGAUUACUGUGGCCAAGGAGAGGAAAAGGGGGUCUCAAAUGACUCGACUUUCCUCAGUGUCGUCCCUUCCAUCCAGACGGAGGAAAGAACAAUUGAUGAGAGCUCAAACAUCUCCAGUGAGCAAAGGCAUUUUAGCAAUGGCAGCUCCAAGCUCUCCAGCAUAAAGGUUGUCACGAAAUCCCAAAAGAGUGACUACUGUGCUACCGCAAUUGAAAUGGUGUCAGAAAACAGCAGCAAGAAUGGUAAAGACAGAGAGCUCGCCGCAGCCCACAAGAUGGCAAAGACCCCUGCUGAGAAAAAGAAGGGAGCUGCAACCCGGGAGAAUAAGGUGACCAGGACCGUCUUGACCAUCUUGCUGGCAUUUAUCAUCACCUGUACCCCAUACAAUGUCAUGGUACUCAUUAACACGUUAUGUUCAGUCUGUGUCCCUAACACAGUAUGGUCUGUUGGAUACUGGCUCUGUUACAUCAACAGUACUCUGAACCCAGCCUGCUAUGCACUAUGCAAUGCUACCUUCAAGAAAACCUUGAAACAUCUUCUCUUCUGUCAAUAUAAAAACAUUGGUGCAAUAAGAUAA